AAACUCGAACACAAAAACACACCAAAUCUCAGAGCUGGAUUUAUGGCUGUGUUCACUUCUCAUUGGCUGCACCUCCUCACAAACAAAAUCGAAUGUUAUUUUAUACUCCCUUUGAAUCCUUUCUCUUGAACCUUCCAUCUCCACCACCACUCUCAUCUCAACCCCACACACACACAAAAAAAAAAGUGUUGAGGUGCAGAGAGACAAAGAGAACAACUUUUUUUGCAGGAAACAGAGGAUUCCAAGAACAUGGUGUGAUUUGUUAAGAGUGGUUGGAAGACAAUAGGAUAAAAUUUGAUUCUUUUUUUUUUGUUUUUUGAAUUCCAACAAGACUUAAUAGAAGUGAAGUGGAAGGUGAGAGAUAAUGGAUUCAAGCUUGACAAGGUAUCGAUCGGCUCCAAGUUCGUAUUUUUCGAAUAUCAUUGACCGGGAGUUUUACGAGAACGUGUUCAAUCGCCCCUCGAGCCCUGAAACAGAACGAAUUUUCGAUCGGUUUAUCAAUAGUCUUGGUGGUGGUGGUGAUGUUGUUGUAGAUGAUUCACUUACUACUCAGAAUCUCUCAACUGUUCAGCAAAUCGCUGUAGUGAAGGAAGAGGUUAACCAGCAAUCUGAGGCUAUGCCAUCCAUGAAUAAUGAACCUGUGGUUCUCCACAACCAGCAACAGCAUCAACAAAGCAAUAUCAAUCAUUAUAGUUCCUCUGCUCCUCAGAAUUUUUAUCAAAGCUCUGGACGACCACCUUUGCCAAACCAGAUGAAAACUGGUCGUGGAAAUAGUUCUAAUCUUUUCAGGCAAAAUAGCUCACCUGCGGGACUGUUUUCAAACGUUAACAUUGAAACUGGAUAUGCUGCUGUAAGAGGCAUGGGAACUUUGGGAGCUGGUAAUAACCCCAGUGAGGAAGCAAACUUUUCUACUGCAUCGAGGUUGAAGAAUCCACCAAACUACUCGUCAGGGCUAAUGUCAUCAAUAGCUGAAAUUGGGAAUAAAAGCAAUACACAAAAUAAUCCAGAAAAAGAAGAUUUUGGUGAAAGCCAGGGGAAUGAUUAUAUUCCAGGUUUCCCCGUAGCUCCAUGGGAUGAUUCUGCAAUCAUGGCUGAUAAUAUGACUGGUGUAAAAGGUUAUGGAGAUGAUGAUGUAAAACCAUUUUCUGGUUUAAAUGCAGCUGAAAGCCAGAAUGAAACAGGAGGCCAAACUUCUGCUCCUUUGGCUCAUCACUUGAGUUUGCCAAAUACUUCAGCCGAAAUUGCAGCCAUUGAGAAGUUUCUGCAGUUAUCAGAUUCUGUUCCAUGUAAAAUUCGUGCCAAGCGGGGCUGUGCUACUCACCCAAGAAGCAUUGCAGAGAGGGUUAGAAGAACUAAAAUUAGUGAGAGAAUGAGGAAACUACAAGAUCUCGUCCCUAACAUGGACAAGCAAACAAACACCGCAGACAUGUUGGACUUGGCUGUUGAGUACAUUAAAGACCUUCAAAAGCAAGUUCAGACUGUCGUGCUAAGUGUACGUGUUUGCACAAGCAGCAGCAAUAAUGGAAAAGAGUUGGAGGAUACCCAAUUCAGUAUAUGUACAUAUUUGUAAUAAUUUGGUCUAGAAAAACUAGAGCAGCUUUCUGAAAUUUAUGUAGCCACUUCUUUAGCGGUUAUUUGGGAGUGGUGUGGGGGAAUCCGGUUAUAAAAGUUGACUUUUAUAGAUCCAAAUUUGAUGCCUCAUAUCAUAUGCAAAGCAUGGUGUACAAAAUUUUCUGAUGUAAGUUUAUUAUGCAUUUACUCUAGGGUCCCCCCAUUUUAGGGGAUGGAGGAUGGGGUGGGGUGAAAAAUUUGUAGUAUUGCAUCUUCAUUGACUGUUGGUGCUAUGGGAAGGUCAACUCAAAAGGAUGUUAUUUAUGGGUUUGGUUUCACAUUGAAUGACAUGGGAAAAUAUGGGGACCGAAGCCGACAUAGUUUUGUUGGUUAUAUACUUAUUUGAGUAGUGUGUGUUUUACUCUCUUAUUUUUUAUUUUUAUUUUUUUUUGCACUCCCUUUACUUUCAUGAAUCUUGAGGUGUGUCUGACAAAAGCCAAUUCGGUG